UCACGUGAUCUGGAAGAGAGAAGCACAGAAAACUAGACAGUGAGCUCUAAAAAUAUAAGUGCGCAUUGAUUGUCUGGGGACGAAAACCAAAUUUCACUGUCAUAUAGAAGUCGUUUUCUUUACCGUAACAACAACGGCGGUCCUUAUUCGGCGCUUGAGAUGGCCUCAAUGAAAUUCUGUUUUAACUCUUUAUUGGUUUGUUCAAUGUUAGUUUGCACGUUUUUUAAUAACAAGGUAGUUGGGGGUAGGUCGGGAAAACCAAACAUAAUUUUGCUUCUGACAGACGACCUCGAUGUUGUAAUAGGUGGUAUGAAUCCACUGAUCAAGACCAGAAAGCUUAUUGGCGAUGCAGGAGUAACCUUCACAAAUACAUACGUGGCUAGUCCACUGUGCUGCCCCAGCAGAGCCAGCAUCCUGACUGGGAAGUACCCUCACAAUCACCGCGUGGUCAACAACACCCUAGAGGGGAAUUGCAGCAGCAUAGCCUGGCAGAAAACACAGGAGCCCGUCACCUUUCCAGCCCUACUGCGCCAGCACUGCGGAUACCAGACCUUCUUCGCAGGGAAGUAUUUAAAUCAGUACGGAACGAAGGAAGCUGGAGGCAUCGAGCACAUCCCGCCCGGUUGGGAUUACUGGUACGCUCUGGAGAAGAACUCCAAAUAUUAUAACUACACGCUGUCAGUGAAUGGAAAAGCAGAGAAGCAUGGUCAGGACUACCACCAGGAUUACCUGACUGAUGUGCUGGCGAAUUUCUCCAUGGAUUUCUUGGAGUACAAGCGGAAUUACCAGCCUUUCUUCAUGAUGAUCUCCACCCCUGCUCCCCACUACCCCUGGACCUCCGCUCCCCAGUAUGAGAAGAGCUUCUCUGAUGUCAAGGCGCCGCGGGACCCCAUCUUCAACGUGCACGGGAAGGAUAAGCACUGGUUGAUCAGACAAGCCAAGACUCCAAUGACAAACUCCUCAGUUCAGUUCCUAGACGAUGCCUAUAGAAAAAGAUGGCGCACCCUGCUCUCGGUGGAUGAUCUUGUGGAGAAGGUGGUGAAGAAACUGGAAACUCGAGGAGAGCUUGACAACACCUACAUCUUUUUCACCUCGGACAACGGCUAUCACACAGGUCAGUUUUCCUUGCCUGUGGACAAGCGGCAGCUUUAUGAGUUUGAUAUCAAGAUCCCCUUGCUUGUAAGAGGACCCGGGAUCAAACCGAAUCAGACAAACAAGAUGCUGGUUGCAAAUGUUGAUCUGGGACCUACGAUCAUGGAUAUCGCUGGAUACGACAUUAACAAGACACAAAUGGAUGGCAUGUCUUUUCUACCACUAAUGAACGGCAAAGGGAAGAACGUGACGUGGCGCACUGACUUCCUGGUCGAGUAUGAGGGGGAAGGACACAACCAGAGUGACCCAUCCUGCCCGGCCCUAGGACCGGGAGUGGCAGAGUGUUUCCCAGAUUGUGUCUGUGAAGAUGCCUUCAACAACACGUACGCGUGUGUAAGGACGAUUUCACCCUCUUCAGACUUGCAGUAUUGUGAGUUUGAUGACAGUGAGGUGUUUGUGGAGGUGUACAACAUGACUGCAGACCCCUUCCAGCUGACCAACAUAGCCAAGAGCAUCGACCAGGAGGUGCUGGAGAAGAUGAACCACCGGCUCAUGAUGCUACAGUCCUGCUGGGGGCCAUCCUGCCGCUCCGCCGGGGUCUUCGACUCAGGGUAUAAAUUUGAUCCACGCUUAAUGUUCAAUCACCACGGCCCCAGGUUCAACAAACUCCUUCGACAGACCCUGCAGUAACAGCGAGUGUGCUGUGAAGAAUGACAGCCGCCUUGUAUCCUGUUUACCUUGUGCUUCAAGGAGAAGGCUGUGUCGCUUCCAAUGGGCAGUGAGAACGACUUCCGUUCUCAUCCCCCAAGAGGGAGGUUCUUUGUAACCUAACUGUAACCAGUUGCCUUUUUGUGGGGUUUUUUGGGGUUUUUUGUUUUGUUUUUGUUUUUUUAGGCCUUGAACUGCAAAUGAUCAUAAAUCUCUGGUGUUAUGCAGGGUCGUACAUUAACGAUAUAUUUUAGCAGAAUGACACAGAUUGCAAGAUAAUCCUAACUUGUUGUUAAUUCUGCAGCUAUAGUGUUGUUAAACUAAAAGUUAAUAAUCAUACAGCAGCUCCAUAAUCUCCAUAUACCUAAAUUGUUACAGUUGUGUUUUUUUAUUUUAAUCACUUCUGAUUGGUCUUCUACAUUGAUUGUACUGCAUGACUUACACUUUUUUUUUAUUUUAUUUGUAUAAUAACUUUUAUUUCAAGUACAUUUACAAGACACGAUUUUUAAUGAGUGUUUUUUGUUUAAAAAUCUGUUUUUCAGAAUAAUCAUUUCCUUUGUUUACCAUAUCAGUUGUUUGAAAACAGAAGUAAAAUCCUUGUCUGGUUAGAUCAAGUCUGAAGCAGAUCAGAGGAUUUCAAUGUUAGUUUAUCCAAGCCAUCCUACCACACCAUCUGUUUUUCUUUAAACUUCAAAGAGAUUUUAAAAAAUGGAUAACCUUAUUUAAUUGCUACGAAAGUAAGUCAUUUAGUGUUUUGUACUUAAUUGAAGUCUUGGCAUAGUAAACUUACACAGUAUUCUUUGUCUCCAAUCCUGUAUCUCCCAAGGGGUACAUGGUCUUUAAAGGGAUCAUGUUAUAUAAUCUACAGUAUAUUACUUGUUUAAUACCCGGAUUGUGCAUGAUACUCUAUUGUUGCUUCGGAUAAGACUCCUCAGACUGAUGACGGGGAAGCACAUUAGAGUUGUUCUAGGCAACACAUCCCAAAGGCAAGGCAUUGUUCACUGAAGCCUGCGCAACACUGAUAUGCUUCCCCCACAGUUGUUCUUGAGGAGUCUUUUUUUCUGGAAUAGUUGUAAGCAAGCCAAGUAAAGAUCUAAGCAGAAACAACAACGGAAACCAUGCAGAUCACUCCUAACAGGAUAUUAAACAGGUAAGGAAUGAAAUGGUCAGAAUAUGUCUAUGGUAUAAAAGUAUUCCUUUAAGUUCUGUCUUUUUCCUCCAAAGAUCCACAGUACCCUUUCCCUGGUAUUUGUGGAGUCCUCUACCUAAAUGUGAUUCAAAACCUGUUUUAGUCCUACAGUCACACCACCACCAGAUCAGCCUCGGUUUCAUUGGCUCCCUCAAUCCCAGCAGGGCUUCUGAUUGGGUGGAGUUGUUUCAGGGGGUUGCAGAAUCACUUCUAAAAGCAUUACCCUGCUUAUUUGUUAGCCCAAUUUCAGUGAUAAAGGCACCACAGUUAAAAUGUAGUUUUAUUCUAUAAAUAUAUUCUUCCAGUGUCCAAAGUGCACUGAUGUGCUGUUGCACCACCAGCAAGAAACAUAUCAAGAUCGGGAUUUUAUUUAUAUCUAUCUAUAGAUAGAUAGAUAGAUAGAUAGAUAGAUAGAUGGAUGGAUGGAUGGAUGGAUAGCCAAAAAUCUGUUCCCAAUCAUAGCUCAUCCCCCUCUCCCCAGCAAUAAAAUAGAAAUAAAAACCAGCUCAUACCAUUACUGAAUUCGACACUAUUAUUAACAGCAGGGUUGGUGCUCCCUUUGUCAUGCGUCACUGCAGCUCUAUUGAUAGAUAUAUACUCUCUUUGCUUCUCUGUUAUGCACUGUGUGCAUACACACAAACUACUGUAGGUGUUCCUCUAUACUGCUUAAUGCAUUUUUUUUCUUUUACUGUCAUGCUCUAGAAAAUGUGAACUAUUUGCUUUAAAAGAGGCAAAGCAUUGACAGACCACAUUUAACAACAUAAAACCACAUCUAACAACAUAGAGGGUGAGGAAUACCCGUUAUACUUGCAUUCAGAGAGGGUCUCUGUCCCUUACAACAGAAACACCUUAGUAUUGGAACCAAGAAAGGGAUAAGGUGCCUUUUUCAGAUGGGAAGUGGGACAGCUUGCUGAGUAAAGGCGCCACUCUAGAAUUACCAUCGCUUUACCUGCAGUUUUAUAAUGAUUUGUAUGGCAUUGUCUGUGUUGGAGCUUACAGGCAAUAUUAUCAGUGAAAGUGGUUUAUUUCUCUUGAACUAGAUUCUUGGUACUAGCUCUGCCAAAACUGUGAACAGAAACUGCUACUCUUGUUAUUUUUUUGUUAUUGAUUUGGGCAAAGCCUUCUGGGUUACACUAAAGAUCCUGGUCAUCUGAAUUUACAUCCAUAAAUCAUUAAUACAGUAGCAUCUGAAAUUGUUCAUUCAGACACUUACUCUAUAUUAAGUAUCCAUUGUUCUUUACUUUUUACACAAUUCAGCCUAAUCCUAAUAUAAAACCAAGAUGCUUGCUUUCAAUGUGACCACUAGAUUAGAUGGGAUACCUAAACCGCUGGUGCAAUUAUUUGGGGGGCUAUUUGUGUUUCUGGGGUGUACAAGUACUUUGGACAAGAAACACAAUAAAAUUCACUGCAUCAAGCAGGAUCACAUUGACUAGAAUAUACUGUAAACUAUAGAAAUCAAAAGUUAAGGUAACUGUCUGAAUAAUGUGUGAUGAUGCUGUGCUGUAUAUACCUCCUAUACUAAUGAUGUUUAGAAAAUGUCCUUCACUUGUUCACUUUGCACUUUUAAAUUUACUAAAAAAAUGAAAUGUCACAUUAAAACCAACACAAGAAAGGUUAUUUUGUUUUUAUGGUUUAUAGUGAGUUUGUAUCAUAUAACACACUGACUAUUUUUUGGCUUGACUGCAAUAAAAUAACAAAAAAAUA